AUGAGCGCUCCGGGCCCUUCUCGCCGCCGACCCCGGUCACCAACACCAGACAGCGACGACGAUGGACGCGAGACACAGACACAGCGCCGCCGCCCACGGCACUCGCUCCGCCGCGAGCAAGUGUUCGAGGAGCAGGACCCCGCGCAGCAUCAGAAGAUUGGACAGGGCUACCGCAACCUCCAAAACGAGGCCGAUGACAUGAAGACGAACCUUGAGAACAUUGGCGCGUCGGAUCUCCAGCGCAUGAUGAAGCAGCAGAACAGGCUGUUCAGCGAGGUCAAGGACACUGGUCUAGCGACGCUCGAUGCGCGUCUCAUGAUGACCACGACCGAGACGGCGGCCAACCUCGUGCGCAAGAUGAAGCUCUCGAGCGCGACGUUUGAUGUCGACGAGUUCCUUGUUGGCGUCCGUACGCUGCUGGGAUUGGACCGCGCUGAGGCGGAAGACCUCGACAACAGCGACGACGACGAGCUGGACGACGAGCCCGGGACCGCUAGCCAGCACCGCGCUGACCGAGCCGAGCGACACGCGCGCAGGGGCGCACUCGGCGACUGGGACAAGAUUGGAUGGAUGGCCGCUGGCCUCUACCGUCGCGUCCCUGGUGUCGAGUUCAUGUAUGGACCGAUCGCCAAAACCCUCGCCCGCAUCGACCCCGACAGGCAGGGCGUCAACUUCUUCCGUCUGGUUGUCAACCCGCACGACUUUGGCCAGACGGUCGAAAACGUCUUUUACACCUCCUUCCUGGUUCGCGACGGCAUGGUCGGGAUCGAUGUACUGGACGACGGCGAGAUCAUCAUCCGCGGCACCGACCCCCACGACCCAGAAGCCGACGGCGAUAUUCCCAAGAACCAGGCAGUCAUUGAGCUUGACAUGCAGGCCUGGAAGGACGCCAUUGAACUCUUUGACAUUACCGAGUCUGCCAUCCCGAACCGUGCCCCGCAGGCGACUCAGGUCGGCGCCAACGGCUGGUAUUCUGGCGCGCCAUGA